AAUACAGUACAGCUGGACACCCGAUUUAUACGCACAGUAGACAUAAGGAAACUGAAAAAAUGCUGAGAGCUCCGAGUGCGAACAAUUCACAGUCCAACCCACCGGACAUGGAUACCAACCAUCAAAGAGCUUCACGGGCUUACCAGUUCCACCCGGCCCGACCCGUUAUCAUUGAUCUCUUCAAUCUCUACUUAGGAAGAAAUAAUCGCCAAAAGGCCGAUGAUGCCAGGGAGCCCCCGAAUAAAUCACAGAAACGUGUUUCCGCGAACAGAGAGCUUCCUCCUCGCAACGAACAAUUUCUUAUAGAUUUUGAGCAGCUCCAAAGCCAAUUUUCUGACCAGGAGCAGUUGCGUGCAGUGACAGAAUCUGUACUCAUUUCGCUUGUUAUUCAGUGCAGUGGUCAUGCACCCCGUGCUGAAUUUCUUCUCUUUGCUUUGCGUAGUUUGUGUAGUAUAGGUUACAUCAACCUAGAUACUUUUCUUUCUUCACUUCUAUCCUCAGUUACUGCUGCUGAGUUAUCAGUAAGUCAGGGAAGUCAAAUGAUGUCUCCUCUCUCUGGUUCAACUUCACAUCCUGGGGUAUUACCAUCUUCUGGCUUGAUUUCGAAUGUGUCUAACUAUCAGUCUACAAAUCCUGCAUCUCCAUUGCAUUCAGUUCACGGUAUUGGAUCUCCUGCUCAAUCAGCCAACGAACUAUCUUCUCGUGGCCCUUCAAUACCUAUGAACUCAUCUGAUCACACAUCCAAUGGACAACAGUCUAUGACCAGAGUCAGUAUGUCAGCACGAGAUAAUGCCAUAAGUAGUUUGCGUCAACUAUGCUGCAAGAUAAUAUUGAUCGGGCUUAAGACGAACUUGAAACCAGUUACUCAUGCUGAAAUUUUUUAUCAUAUGCUGAAUUGGCUGGUAAACUGGGACCAAAGACAGCAGGGAAGUGAUGAUUCUGAUAGUAUAAGAUCCUGUAAACCUGACAAGUCUUUAAUUGAAUGUCUUCAUAGUUGCUUGGAUGUGAUAUGGCUACUGGUUGAGGAUGAUAAGUGUCGUGUGCCAUUUUACGAACUAUUGCGCAAUUGCUUACAGUUCAUAGAAAAUAUACCUGAUGACGAGGCAUUGUUCACACUCAUAUUAGAGGUACAUAGGAGGCGAGAUAUGAUGGCUAUGCACAUGCAAAUGCUAGACCAACACCUUCACUGCCCUAGCUUUGGAACUAACCGAUAUAUCCCUCAGGCCAUUACAAACAUAGCAGUUGAUCAAGUGACAAGCGUGCGAUUUUCACCAAUCACAUAUCCCAGUGUGCUUGGAGAGCCAUUACAUGGAGAGGAUCUUGCUACUUCUAUUGAAAAAGGGAGUAUGGACUGGGAGAGAGCUAUGCGUUGUAUUAGGCAUGCUAUUCGUAAUACUCCAUCACCUGAUUGGUGGAAACGCGUGCUUGUUGUUGCUCCUUGCUAUCGGCAACAGUCUCAAACUCCUACUGGUGGAGCUGUUUUUACUACUGAAAUGAUUUGUGAGGCAGCAAUUGACAGAAUUGUUGAGCUUUUGAAGUUGACAAAUUCAGGCUCAGAUGUAAAUUGCUGGCAAGAGUGGCUUAUUUUUGCUGAUUUAUUCCAUUUUCUCAUGAAAAGUGGGUGCCUUGAUUUUGUUGAUUUUGUGGACAAGUUAGUUGUGCGCCUUGCUGACGGUGAUCAAGUUAUUUUAAAAACAAAUCAUGUCACUUGGUUGCUUGCGCAAAUUAUUCGGGUUGAUCUUGUUUUGAAUGCGUUGAAUACGGAUCAUAGAAAGGUAGAGACAACCCGAAAGAUGCUAUCUUUUCAUAAAGAAGAGAGAAGCUCCGACCCUAAUAGUCCACAAAGCAUCCUUCUUGAUUAUAUUAGCAGUUGUCAGAAUCUACGUGUCUGGUCACUGAAUACUGCAACCAGGGAAAUUUUAAAUAAUGAACAAUUACAAAAAGGAAAGCAAAUAGAUGAAUGGUGGAAGCAAACCAACAAAGGGGAAUUCAUGAUGGAAUACAUGAAUAUGGAUGAUAGGUCAACUGGCAUGUUUUGGGUUGUCUCAUACACCAUGGCGCAACCUGCAUGUGAUACAGUGCUCAGUUGGUUAACAUCAGGGGGAACAGAGUCGCUACCAGCAUCCAAUCUACAGGCUAAUGACAGAAUUACGGUAAUACGGGAAGUGAACCCAGUGCCAGUAUCCCUCUUAUCAGGGCUUUCAAUGAAUAUGUGUAUGAAAUUGGCUACUCAGCUGGAAGAAGUUAUGUUUAAUGGACAGGCUGUGGCUAGUAUUGCCUUGGUUGAAACAUACGCAAGAUUGCUUCUCAUUGCGCCUCAUUCAUUAUUCCGUCUUCAUUUAAGCCAUUUAACACAAAGGAAUCCAGCUACGUUAACUAGGCCGGGGGCAUCUCUUUUAGUUCUUGAACUUUUAAAUUACCGAUUUCUUUCGCUUUACAGGUAUCUAGGAAAGAGCAAACCCUUGAUGUAUGAUGUUACAAAAAUAAUUGCUAAUCUGAAAGGGAAACGUGGAGAACAUCGCACUUUUAGAUUAGCAGAAAAUUUGUGCAUAAAUCUUCUUCUGUCACUGAAGGACUUCUAUGUCGUGAAGAAGGAAGGGAAGGGUCCUACUGAAUUUACUGAAACAUUGAACCGAAUAACCAUCAUGUCCCUUGCCAUCAUCAUCAAAACACGUGGAGUUGCUGACGCUGACCACCUCCUCUAUCUUCAACCAAUGUUGGAACAGAUAUUAACGAAUAGUUCGCAUACAUGGUCUGAAAAGACUCUUCGUCAUUUCCCCUCACUUUUGCGUGAUACAUUGAUUGGGCGCAUGGAUAAACGGAGCAUUGCGAUACAAGCCUGGCAGCAGGCUGAAACAACUGUGAUUAAUCAAUGCACACAGCUUCUUUCACCAGCUGCUGAUCCUACUUACGUGAUGACUUAUAUUAGUCAUAGUUUCCCCCAACACCGACAUUAUCUUUGUGCUGGAGCAUGGAUAUUGAUGCACGGCCACCCUGAGAAUAUCAACAGUGCCAACCUUGCACGUGUCUUGAGAGAAUUUUCCCCGGAAGAAGUUACUGCAAAUAUAUACACAAUGGUGGAUGUCCUUUUGCAUCACCUUCAACUAGAGCUGCAGCGUGGGCAUUCUUUACAGGAACUUAUGGUAAAAGCAUGUGCAAACUUGGCAUUUUUUAUAUGGACACAUGAGCUGCUGCCUCUAGAUAUAUUGCUUCUGGCACUAACUGACCGCGAUGAUGAUCCCCAUGCUUUGCGUAUUGUGAUCAGUCUACUUGAGAGACAGGAGCUUCAACAGAAAGUAAAGUUUUACCUUAAUAAUCGCGGCCCACCUGAACAUUGGCUUUUCUCUGGACCUUUUAAGCGUGUUGAGUUGCAGAAGGCUCUUGGAAACCAUUUGUCAUGGAAAGAAAGGUUUCCUCCUUUCUUCGAUGACAUUGCUGCACGAUUGCUUCCUGUCAUUCCCUUAGUUAUCUAUAGACUCAUUGAAAAUGAUGCCAUAGAUGCAGCUGAUAGAGUUCUUCAAUUGUAUUCCACAUUUCUUCAUUACCACCCCUUAAAUUUUACAUUUGUUCGUGACAUCCUUGCAUAUUUCUAUGGUCAUCUCCCAGGAAAACUCAUUCUUCGUAUACUGAAUGUGCUAGAUAUUAAAAAGAUCCCUUUUUCCGAGUCAUUCCCUCAACAUAUCAAUGCCUCAAAUGCUGCAGCGUCUCCUCCAUUGGAGUACUUUGCCACCCUUCUAUUGGGCAUCGUCAAUAAUGUCAUUCCUCCUCUUCAUAGCUUAAAAUACGGACCAGGAGAUGUUCGUGUUCCUCAUAACAAGAUCCCGACAACAUCUCAGCCUGGACCAACAAAUGCAGUUGAAGGUCAGAAGGCAUUCUAUCAUAUUCCAGAUCCUGGGACGUAUACCCAACUAAUUCUUGAAACAGCAGUCAUAGAGAUACUAUCACUUCCUGUAUCUGCGUCACAGAUUGUGACAUCGCUUGUUCAAAUUGUUGUUCACAUACAACCAACCCUAAUCCAAUCCAGUCACUGCCUUCAUGGAGCUUCUAGUGGAGUAUUUUCUGUUCUGCCAACAUCACCCUCAGGGGGGAGCACUGAUUCCAUGAGCGCUAGUAGAUCAACACCUUCUGUUUCAGGGAUGAACUCCUCCAACAUUGUGUCUCGGAGUGGUUAUACGUGCCAGCAGUUAUCUUGCUUGCUAAUUCAAGCUUGUGGUCUUCUGUUGGCUCAGCUUCCUCAAGAAUUUCAUGCACAACUUUAUAUUGAGGCAACACGUGUGAUAAAAGAUAGUUGGUGGCUUACUGAUGGCAAAAGGACCCUGGGAGAGCUAGAUUCAGCUGUUGGCUAUGCUUUGCUAGAUCCAACCUGGGCUGCUCAAGACAAUACCUCUACAGCCAUUGGCAAUAUUGUGUCUUUGCUUCACUCUUUUUUUAGUAACCUUCCUCAGGAGUGGCUAGAGGGAACCAAUCUUAUCAUUAAACAUCUCAGGCCUGUCACGUCGGUUGCUGUGCUGAGAAUAGCAUUUCGUAUCAUGGGCCCCCUGCUACCUAGAGUGGCUAAUUCUCACAGUCUGUUCAAUAAGUUGCUCUCGAUGCUUUUAAAUGUACUGGUGGAUGUGUUUGGGAAGAACUCACAGCCAUCAACCUCAGUGGAAGCCUCAGAUAUAACAGAUCUUAUCGACUUCCUACAUCAUGUCAUCCACUAUGAAGGGCAAGGAGGGCCUGUUCAGCAAAAUAGCAAACCUAGAGUGGAGGUUUUGGCUCUGUUUGGAAGAGCGUUGGAAAGUUUACGUCCAGAUGUUCAGCAUCUUCUUUCUCACCUUAAAACUGAUGUGAAUUCUUCCAUUUAUGCUGCUACACAUCCAAAGCUAGUCCAGAACCCCUUGUAAAUAUCUCACAUAGCAUUUUUGUAAUUUAUGUAUCCUUAGUACUAGGGAUCCAUUGCUGCACAAUGAAUUCUGUAGGCUAGGUGAGUAUUCCGGAGGCCCUGACCCCAUUAUGGGACUAGUAGAAAAUAUGCUUAGGUUAAUAGAUUGUAAACUAAUGUAGAAUCAGGUUAAAGUACUUUUUUUCCAUCUAUGCUAUCAGAGCGAGCAGAGGUUUACCCCUAGCUUCAAUAA